GGAUGUCGCAUCAGUCGCAUCGCAAGCCCACAUACCACGACACGGUAUCACGGCGACAACAUUCACAGGCCAUUGUCGAGGCCAGCUACUUUUUCAAUUUCUCGAGUUAUUUUUUGUCAAUACAAAACUUUUUAUGAAGAAAAGUGAAAUAUUUAAAAAAUGAUCAUUAUAUUAAAAACUUUGAUCCUGUUAUCAGUUCUCAAUUCAGUAUACACAGAAGAAGCAUUUGACGAAACAGAAAACGAAAUAAGUGAUUAUGAAGAUUUCUUAACCAGAUCUUUCAGUGACCAAUUACAGAGGGACUCCGAUUUACCGAAGGAAGGAAAUAAUAGCAGAAAUGCCAAGUUACUGUGGCCGCAUCCUCAAAGCCCCAUAAUAGAUUAUGUUAAAAAAACUGUUGCGAAAAAACAUGUGCCCCAAAAUGCUGGUGACCUCUUCAGUUUUCUAAGGGACCAAUUUCCACUUCCUGGAGGUCUUCAAUCGCCUCUCUCCGAGUAUGACUACGUAAUCGUAGGCGCUGGAUCUGCUGGCAGCACCCUCGCCGCCAGGUUGACCGAAGACCGGAACUGCACUGUACUGCUCUUAGAAGCUGGCAAGCCAGAGAUGAUCCUCACUGAUAUACCGGCUUUGGCUCCCUACUUCCAGUCAACCGACUACGCGUGGCAGUACUAUAUGGAGCGAGAAGAGGGUGUUUGCAUGGGUAUGAAGAACCAGAGGUGCUUCUGGCCAAGAGGCAAGGCUGUGGGAGGCACGAGCGUCAUCAACUAUAUGAUCUACACUCGGGGCCGUCCGCAGGACUGGGACCGAAUCGCCGCUGACGGGAAUUAUGGAUGGUCCUAUAAUGAGGUCCUAAAAUAUUACAAGAAGUCUGAAAGAGCCAAACUAAAAGGAUUUGAAAGGAAUCCGUAUAGAAGCCAAGUUGGAGAAUUACCCGUACAAUUUGUACCCGUAAAAACAAAGCUUAUCAAGGCAUUUUUGGAAGCCGGCAGGAUCCUGGGACACCCUACAGUUGACUACAACGCUCCCGACGGCUUCGGUUUUGGGAAAGUGCAAGUAACCAUCAACAAUGGACAUAGACAAAGUGCUGCCAAAGUUUUCCUACACCCACACAAGAAGAGGCGGAACCUUCAUAUUUUGCCAGAAAGCACUGUCACCAAAAUACUCAUAGAUCCCCAAACUAACACUGUGUACGGAGUGGAAUAUUCAAGAAACGGUUUGACGUGCACGGUACGGGUGCGAAGAGAAGUCAUAUUAUCAGCGGGACCAAUCGCUUCACCACAGCUUCUGAUGUUAUCCGGGGUAGGACCGAAAGAGCAUUUAAGUCAAGUUGGAAUACCUCUAAUAAAAGAUUUACCAGUUGGCAAAACACUAUAUGAUCAUAUAUGUUUUCCGGGUCUUAUUUUUGAACUUAACACAACAGGCGUAAGCUUUUCUGAACGGGAAGCAACUCAAGUUUCUUCAAUUGUGCAAUGGUUCCAUACCGGCGACAACAGCCUCGCAUCUCCUGGAGCAGUUGAAGGUAUAGGAUAUAUUAAAACGCCAGUUUCGGAAGACCCUGAACAUGUUCCUGAUAUGGAACUAAUCAGUAUUGGUGGAUCGAUUAUAGCUGAUGGCGGUCCCGGCGGAAGUAAAGCCGUACGGAAAGGUAUGAGAAUAAAAAGUAAAGUAUUUGAUGAAGCUUUCGGAUCAUUGGGAACUAAGGAUACGUGGAGUGCAUUCCCAAUGUUGCUGCAUCCUAAAUCGUGUGGUUUCCUAGAGUUAAAGGACAAGAACCCGUGGAGCCACCCGCGCAUGAGGGGGAACUAUCUGUCAGACAUUUACGGGCAAGAUGUGGCGACAUUCGUGGCGGCAAUCCGGCACGUGCAAGCGUUGGCGAGUACAGAGCCGUUCCAGCGGUUUGGCGCCAAGUUGCAUCGCGCGCAAUACCCGGCCUGCCGCGAGAUACCCUUCGACUCGGAUGCCUACUGGGAGUGUGCAGUGCGAACGCUCACAGCUACGUUGCACCACCAGAUCGCCACGUGCCGCAUGGGUCCAGCCGGUGACCCUCGAGCUGUCGUCGACCCAAGGCUGCGAGUAUAUGGCCUGCGAAACCUACGAGUCGUCGACUCCAGCGUCAUACCGCGCACCAUCUCUGCGCACACCAGCGCGCCUGCGAUUAUGAUCGCCGAAAAAGCUGCGGAUAUGAUAAAGGAAGAUUGGGGACGAUAAAAUCUCUGCCAAAAAGCUCGACUCUUAAGUGAUUACUGAGUUGUCAGAGUGGUGACUCCCAGUGUUUCGAACCUUAGGUACGCAUUUACCUAGUCUUCGGUCCUGCAAUAUAGUAUGUUGUACUAUUGACAUGAAAUCUCAUAAUAAUAAGCUAGGCUAACCUAAAUCCUAAUACACAAUACAAGACUGUAUUCAUUUAAUUAAGAUUUAUUAUCCAGAGCAAUGCAUUUAUUCCAUUUUGAGGAUAUUAUCAAAUGAAAUAGAUUAGAUUUUAAGAAAAAUCAAUGUUUGGAUUUGAUGCCCAAUUAUUUGAUUUGGAUAAAAAAUGUGUACUUAAAUAUAUUAUCGAAGGCCAAAGGGCAUUUAGAGAAAUCGUAAGCAACACUUCGUAGCUCAAAGAAAUGCCAUAAUUAGGUAAGUUUGCACUUUUAGAUUACGUAUUUUAUAAGUUUAUGUCCUAAGAAAUAAUUUGAGACACUUAUGGUGUAAUAAAAUAUAAUAUUACGCAGGUCUUUUUAUUAACAGGAAAGCCUGUUCAUUAAGUACUUCAAGCAAGUUUUGUAUUAAAUAAGUGUCCUCGUUGAGAUAUGGCAAUGAACUACGUACGACUUAGUCCUUAUACUGCAUGAUGUUUGCCUUGCGUCGCGACGUCAUAAUGCCUUUAAUGUGGUAAGUUAUUCAUUAUUUACAUUUACGAAUAGACAACCCUUAAAUUGUGUUAAUACAUUUGAAUCCUAUUACAUAUAGUAUUAAUUAGAAGAGUUACACUUCAAAUCAUCAUCACCCUAGCCUAAUCUUUUUUGUGUCAUAAAAUAAAACUCAUAAAGAUAUCUAAAGGUACCGUCAAAAUGAAAGUCAAAUUUCGUUGCAAUUGUUGUCAUAAAAAUACAAUUUACGUAUGAACUACCUACUUGCACAAAUUGAAUCUUACUAUCUAAAUUCGCAAACAAUACACAUUAGUGUUAAGAGGGCUUUCGUGUGAAAAACAGUGAAAUCGCAACCGAGCGCUUGAUCAUACCG